CAAGCCUUUGCUGUCAGUUGACUGAGCAGGGUCUAUCGACCAUUCUAGCUAUUAUAACGGAAACAUUUGUAUAUUUAGGCCAACAGGGGAGUCGGACACAUCGCAUUACGUUCUCUGGGGUGGGGAUUUUAAGGAACACAAUCCAAACCUGCAUGGGGAUAUAUGGAAACCUGAUUGGCCCAGUUGAGAAGUGCCUGAAGACCAAGACUCCUUUGCAGACUCCUAAAACCUCCUCACGUCCUCUCUGCCAAAUCUAGGAUCAUGUCGGGCACCUAUGAUGAGUCGGCCAGCCAGGAGGAUGGCACAGACAGCUUCUGGGAGGUGGGAAACUAUAAGCGUGCUGUGAAGCGGAUUGAUGAUGGCCACCGGCUCUGCAAUGACCUGAUGAACUGUAUACAAGAGCGAGCCAAAAUCGAGAAGGCCUACAGCCAGCAGCUGACCGACUGGUCUAAGAGAUGGAGACAGCUGGUGGAUAAAGGGCCCCAGUACGGCAGUGUGGAGAGGGCCUGGGUGGCAAUGAUGACCGAGGCUGAGAAGGUGAGUGAGCUGCACCAGGAUGUGAAGAACGGACUGCUCAACAAUGACUUUGAGAAGGUGAAGAACUGGCAGAAGGACUCCUACCACAAACAGAUGAUGGGAGGCUUCAAGGAAACCAAAGAGGCAGAGGAGGGGUUCAAGAAGGCCCAGAAACCAUGGGCCAAGAAGCUCAAGGAGCUUGAGACUGCCAAGAAGACGUACCACCUGGCGUGUAAGGAGGAGAAGGUGGCGUCCAGCAGAGAGGCCAACAGCAAGGCAGACACCUCAGUCACAGCCGACCAGCAGAAGAAGCUCCUGGACAAGGUGGACAAGUGCAAGCAGGACUCUCAGAAGGCUAAGGAGAAGUAUGAGAAGACUCUGGAUGAGCUGAGGAAGUGUACGCCCCAGUACAUGGAGAACAUGGAGACAGUGUUUGACACGUGUCAGCAGUUUGAGGAGAAGAGACUGAGCUUCCUCAGGGAGGUGCUGCUGGACAUCAAACGACACCUCAACCUCACCGAGAACCAAAGUUACGCCACAGUGUACAGAGACCUGGAACACAACAUCACCUCUGCCAGUGCACAAGAUGACCUGAAGUGGUUCAGCAACAACCACGGCCCUGGUAUGCAUAUGAACUGGCCCCAGUUUGAGGAGUACAAUCCAGAGCUCACUCACAUGAUCAGCAAACGAGAGAAGUCGAAGAAAGGGGCAGACGGUAUAAUGCUGACUAGCGUGACAGCAGCACCCAACCAUGUGGCAGCACCGAACCAUGUGGCAGCACCGAACCAUGUGGCAGCACCGAACCAUGUGGCAGCACCGGCUGGAGACAGGGGCAGUGUGAGCAGCUCUGAUAAGAACCAGGCCUACUCUUCCCAGGACCAGGCCUACUCCUCCCAGGACCAGUCGGCAGAGUGGUCAGACGAUGAGCAGGCCGCGCCAAACUCAGGCUCAGACACCAAUGGGGGUGGAGCCAACCCCUUUGAGGAUGAGUCAGCGAAGGGCGUACGGGUGAGGGCGCUGUACGACUAUGACGGGCAGGAACAGGAUGAACUCACCUUUAAAGCAGGAGACGAGCUAACUAAACUAGAAGACGAGGAUGAGCAGGGCUGGUGUAAAGGCCUGUUGGACAGUGGCAAGUUGGGUUUAUAUCCUGCUAAUUAUGUAGAGCCCAUCUAGUUGGGUUUAUAUCCUGCUGAUUACGUAGAGCCCAUUUUGUUGGGCUUAUAUCCUGCUAAUUACGUAGAGCCCAUCUAGUUGCUUGGGUCACCCAGACUGAACCGUCCAAUCAUACUGCACAUUGCCAGAGACUUCAAAGCAACGCUUCCCUGUUCCCCCUCUCUGCCUGACCAACCAACCAACACACUGACUGAGCAGUCUUUAUUUAAACACUCCUCUAGGACCCACAUCAGACAAACACAGCACCAACAUAACCAACACAUAUCAGCUACAACACUGGGAUUGUUACCACAGUCAAACCAUGGCAGUAUGUGUGUACCAACAACACCACAACUCCUACGAGCAGGAAAAACAUUCUGCCGUGUUCUAUUCCAAUGUUGUGCUGUGGUUGUGAUGAAAUUUACCUGGCAGUAUGGAAGUAUGUUCCCUCGUAACCCUAGUGAUAUGGUAUAGUCAAUGGUGCCUGCAUAGCCAGAAUAAGCUAUGCACUGUGCAUUGUAAAUAUUAGCAGAUUCUUUUUGCAACCUGGAUGCUAUGCGAAACUGUACAGUCCUGUUUUUUUUUUUUGCAUCUGUCAUUCCAUGUAAGGUUUUAAAUAUGCUGUACAGUACAACAGAUUCUCACUCUUUUUCUAUCUUUUCUAUGUGAAUUGCUCCUGUGUUGAGUGUUAUGCAGUGUUUGGUGUUUUCCCCCUGAGCAACAGCAGCAGCAUGUCCUACUGGAUCACAAUAAUGACAUUUAGCUGAUCCUUGACAAAUCACUGUUGAGCGGAGCAGAGCAAGUACUACACUGUCGAGCGGAGCAGAGCAGUACUACACUGUCGAGCGGAGCAGAGCAGUACUACACUGUCGAGCGGAGCAGAGCAGUACUACACUGUCGAGCGGAGCGGAGCAGAGCAGUACUACACUGCCGAGCGGAGCAGAGCAGUACUACACUGUCGAGCAGAGCAGUACUACACUGCGGAGCAGAGCAGUACUACACUGUCGAGCGGAGCAGAGCAGUACUACACUGUCGAGCGGAGCGGAGCAGAGCAGUACUACACUGUCGAGCGGAGCGGAGCAGAGCAGUACUACACUGUCGAGCGGAGCAGAGCAGAGCAGUACUACACUGUCGAGCGGAGCAGAGCAGAGCAGUACUACACUGUCGAGCGGAGCAGAGCAGAGCAGUACUACACUGUCGAGCGGAGCAGAGCAGAGCAGUACUACACUGUCGAGCGGAGCAGAGCAGUACUACACUGUCGAGCGGAGCAGAGCAGUACUACACUGUCGAGCGGAGCAGAGCAGUACUACACUGUCGAGCGGAGCAGAGCAGUACUACACUGUUGAGCCUUGUUCAGUGUAACGGUAUACAACAGUGUUUCUCUACACACCGUUGUCCCAGGGACUGGUAAGCUUGGAUGCCUGUUUAUGUUGAAAACCUGCUCUCAAGAUCAGAUGAAAUCAGUGUCUGUGACGCACUCAGGCGUAGUGGGUGUAGAGUCAGGCGCAGGGGGCAGUGAAAGUCGUACGCGCCAAAUACCGGGCGCACAUCCACGAUUGGCCAAAAAACAGGACCUAACUAGUCUGGAGAAAAACCCAAAACGAAACACACUACCACACAUAAACACAGUGGAAAAAUAAGUCCGCACAAAGAGCAGGCGGGCCUUACCGGCUUAAAUAGCCCAACUAAAAACCUAAACAAGAAACAGGUGAAACCAAUAAGACAAAACCAACAGAAAAGGGAAAAGGGUGACGACGACCGCCGAGCUCUGCCCGAACAGGAACAGGAGCCACCUUCGGUAGGAGUCGUGACAGUGUCAGUCAGAUAACCACCUGAUGGACCACUCAGCAAUGUCCCAGGGACCGGUUCCCAUCGGACCAUGGAUCCUGAGAAACACUGGUAUAGAAUUACAUACCUUCCCCAAGGCAGCAUUGAGUUGUAGUACCUCUGACCAUGUCCCUCAUGUGCCUGUAAUUUCUUGACCCCACUGCUUUCUGGACUCAUCACUUCUAGUACCUCUGACCAUGUGUUGGGUUUAGGUGUGAGAGCAUGUGAACAACACCCCCUUCCUUUUUUCUGGUUACAUGUUUACAGCAGUGGCUUUUUCGAAGGGUCAGGGUUCAAACAUUAAUUAGCCUACGUGGGCCUCCACAAAGGUUCAGCACAAAUACAAAAUUGAUCCAACACCACCCUACUCCAUCAAUGGUGAAACGUGAAUUUAAAUUUUAUUUUAUUUUUUAUUUUACCUUUAUUUAACUAGGAAAGUCAAUUAAGAACUAAUUCUUAUUUUCAAUGACGGCCUAGGAACAGUGGGUUAACUGCCUGUUCAAGGGCAGAAAUAGGCUUGUCAUCAGAAAUGGACUGUCCCUGACCAAAUUAAAGGAGCCAAAGAAAUGUGGGAAUAUGAGCUAAUUCUGGGAAUUUGCUGUAUGGAUGAUCACAUUUACAGUAACAACCCAACGAGAGCCCCACUUCCCCAUGGGAGAUACUAGAUCCUGUCUCCUCUCGCUCAACACUGUAACCAUAACUGUUUUUGUUGCCAUGGCUUCAGUUUAUUAUACAACUUCUAUGUCCUGUCACCUUUACUGUGUCCCGGCUCAGUCUCCACCUUGCUAUCUCUGAUCUAACAGUCAUUGCAUGCUCGAUUACCAUAAAUAAGCAUUGAAUUCUACUGUGAGCUUACUGUACAAAUUGACCUAACUUUGUUUAUGUUUUUAUCCUGUCUGUUGAAUCCUAAACAUAAUCUUAUGAAAACUGAUGCCAAUGAUUUUGGUCUCUUAACUGGCAAAAUUUAGACAAAUCAGUAUAUUCAAUGUUUUUUAACAUCUCCAAAUAAUUGGGAGAAUUUGAAUCUAUGCAGCACAAAAUCCUGUUAAAUCUCAAUCCUUGUAUUUUGAGCUAGUGAAUCCAGCAGAGAUUAUACUUGUAAUAUGUGUGACUGUUAUAUGACACAGCUGUUGUGUUCGUUUCCUUAGCAACCCUGGGAGGUAGUGAAGGCUAUAAUACCCUGAUUGCUCUCUCAACACAAGAGGUGUGUACUCUUACUGACAUGGGGACAAAAAGCUACA